AUGAACAAAAACACAAAACAGGCAAAAGUUCUUCAAGAUGCAGAUAUUAUCAUUUGGGAUGAGUUCUCUAUGGUACCCGGUAAAGCACUAUAUUAUGUUAAUAACCUAUUGAAAGAUAUCAUGAACUCUGACUCAUUAUUUGGUGAUAAAGUUUUGAUUUGUGGAGGAGAUUUCAGACAAAUCCUCCCAGUUGAAGAGGUUGGUUCAUCGAUCAUUGCUUCUACUGUCAAAGGGCUUAAACUCUGGGAUGAUUUUGAGAAAACUAGCUUGACUGUGAACAUGAGAGUUUCAGAUGAUAAUGUGUGGGCAAAUUUUUUAUUAGAUUUAGGUGUUGGCAAGUAUAUGAAUUUGUCGAUUGGUAAGGUAAAUCUUCCAGAAAGAAUGUUCACAAAAAAUAUAGUGAGAAGCGUCUUUGGUGAUAAGAUUUGCUCUAACGACACAGAAGCACUGAGCACUCGAGUUAUUUUAGCGCCUAAAAAUAUAACAGUGAAUCAUUUAAAUGAAGAAAUUUUAGAUAUACUGGAAGGCGAUGAUAGGAUAUAUAAUUCAAUUGACCUUAUUCGAUAG